AUGCUAGGGUCGUCGUCGGAAUGCGUGGGGUUCGCGAGAAGCUGCGCUGACUGGAUUCGCGGGUUCGCCUGGUGGGCCUCGGCCUCGAUCGCAUUCCUCAUCCUGGGCACCUGCUCCUGUUGCUUCUGCUUAUGCGGCUGCUGCGGCCUAUUGUGCCACAUUCGCGGGAAAUCCUCUGCCCUGAUCGACGAUCAUCAUCCUCGGAAUAAUCCAGCACACUUGGAAGCCAGCAUCAGUACCGAACCCGAAACUAACAAACGCCGAGCGCUGAGAAUUUCUUCGGGUAUAGAAGAACCCGUGAAUAUUCAGUGGGAGCUGUUGGGAUUUCUUGCCUUGGCCUGGGUCAUUGCCUACUUCAUCAUAUACAAGGGCCUUCACAACAGUGGGAAAAUCAUAUGGGUGACGGCAUUGUUCCCUUACUUCGUGCUGACGAUCCUGCUGGUGAGAGCCGUGACACUGCCCGGGGCAGCCGACGGGUUGCUGUUCUACGUCACACCCGACUUUGAAAUCUUGAAAACUCCCACGCCUUGGAUUGAUGCGGGCUCUCAGGUUUUCUAUUCUUAUGGUCUGGCUAUAGGGACCCUGUUUGCUCUGGGGUCCUACAACCGAUUCAACAACGAUUGCAUCAAGCAAGAUAUAUGGCGUCCCGGCGUGGAUGCAAUAAUCGUGGGCUGCAUCAACAGUGGCACUUCACUCUACGCCGGGGUCGUGACGUUCUCUGUCCUGGGGUACAUGGCACACGAGAAACAGGUUGAGGUGAAGGACGUGGUGGACUCUGGUCCUGGGCUCGCUUUCCUCGUCUACCCGGAAGUCGUUUCCAAACUUCCUGGGGCACCUGCUUGGGCUGUCUUGUUUUUCCUCAUGUUCUGCACACUUGGAAUUGACACGUUGUUUUGCUGUGUGGAAGGAUUCAUUACAGCACUUGUUGACGCAUUCCCGAAGUUUGCCAAGAAAAGAAGUCAAUUGACGAUCGUUUGUUGCAUCGUCUUCUUCGUUUGUGAAAUUCCCAUGGUCACUUAUUUCAUUUUUGUGUUCUACUUUGUGAACUACGCACCAGUGACUUAUGGAGACUACAACUACCCAACUUGGGCUCAAGUCAUGGGCAUUUUGAUGGCCCUGUCAUCAAUGGUUUGCAUACCAGGCUACGCUAUCUAUUAUGUGUUCAGUCAAGACUGCUCACCAAAAGAGGCUUUCUUCAGAGGGCUGCGACCACCGCAAGAAAUUCGGCCAAGGGGAGAAGUCAAAUCUUUUGCACUAAAACGAUGACGUAAGCUUGUAAAUAGAUUACUCAUUGGCGACAGCGUUUUUCAGCAGCAAAAUCAGCGACGAUAAAGUAAAUUGGCAGAAUCCAAGCAAACAGGAUUGAUGAGGAGAACAGCCUGAAUACCAAGAACAGGUGGUUUUUUUUUCGCUACACGCAGAAGCAGCAGCUCUUCGAAUGAUUUGCGGGAUUCAUUUUUUAAAUGAACGCGGUUGUGCUGGGUAUUUCAUGUUUUUUGCUUCGAAAAUAUAAAUUCUAGUUUGCUAA